AUGUCAGGCUCCGAUUCCAACUCCAUGUCUGAUUCUGAAUCGGGGAACUCUCUCUCAUCAGAUUCAGAAAAUGAAGGGUUCAGAGUUGUCACCCCACCAAGUGAGGGCGCCACUAUUGAACAUUACAAGAAGUAUCUUCAACUUCAAAAGGGUCAGUUGGAGAAUCGCAAUGCGUGCCUAAAUGCGACAAACAACAUGCUCCAGUCACAACAGCCACAAUGUUCUCGUAAAGGUGUCCGUGGCCACGCGUCUAUAUCUACUCCAACUUCAACAACAUCGGCCCCAACUUCAAUGACAUCGGCCCCAACUUCAACGACAUCCACCGCUGCAACCGACAAAUCUGAUCUAGCCUCGGACAAAGUCUUUAUGGACUUGGGAAAGAAAUAUGCACUCACUGUCGAGAUGUUUAUGCUUGAUGAUUCAAUUUUCAAAUCACCCUGUCCGGAUCCUCCUGUUGACAUACGAAGUCUGUCUCGUUAUGCCAAGACGUCGGCAGAGAAGGCAGCGCUCAUCACAGAGCUCUAUGGAUGCAUUGAGCAUACACUGCACCCUUACAUGCCAACUACGCAUUUCAUCAAUAAGUUUUGCAGCGGAAUGCAGCGCAUACACUCCUUGUACAUCUAUACAUUAUGGUCUGUAGCUGGGAGCAUCCUCGACAUGCCAUCUCCAAAUUUUGCCGCAUCGUUUGAUCGUGCGGCUGUCCAGCAGAUGACAGAUGUGAUUGGGUGGGUAGCAGGGAAGGGAAAGGAGUUCAACAUACUCAAUGUGCCUAUCAUCUACCCUAACCUGAAGGUCAAUGCUAAGAAGGCAUUCGGAAACUGGCUCAUGAUUGCUAAGUUCAUUAAGGUCGCAAUCAGUGGGAAAAUGUUGAUAUAUUCCAAGUCUGGAUGUAGCGGAGGCCCGAACCCCUACUCAAAACUAUGGAAGCUGAAAGGUUGUACACCUGGUUUAAUUGCGUGUGGUGUGACCGUGCUUAUUUUCAUUUUGUCUCCUGAUCAGCAGUUCCCAGGAUCAGGCAUCAGCACUAUGUCAUCAAUCCCCUACUUGACUGUCUUCCAAACUGUGAAGAGAUUUUUUGUCACCCAAUGGAACCACGCACGUAUUCAAGACAUCGUCAAGAAUAUGAACAAUUAUAUCUUCGAAGAUGUUGAUGAGACAUCACGUGACGUUAGCCACAAUGUUGAUGAUACUGGCGAGGAUCUUAGUGAUUCACUAGAUCGGGUCAUGGCAUGCUUAGACGAUGACGAUUCAUCUGAAUCAGAUGAUGAGAACCCAGUGGUCAUUGUUACGCCUGCCCUGAACCUCACUCAUACUGUUGUGACCUCACUGUCCAAGCUUAUCGUGGACCAAUGCACAUCUUCUGGGUCACCCACCACUCCUGUUCCUAGAUCCCCCCCUACUGAUAUUCCAGUUGCUAAUAUAGUGCCACAACAUAUCAAUAUCGCAGGAGAGUCCAUUUCUGCUGCUAGUGAGGUGUUAUUAGAUAAUAAUAAUACCAAGGGUCGGAAAAAGGGGCCAAAAAAGAACAAGACUUCAGACGCACCUCCUCGCCGUUCUUCCCGUAAGGCUUAG